AUGACGCUCAACAUUGACAUGGCCGGAGAUUAUCCGUUUCGACCUCCAAGUGUGCGCUUUGCACAUAACCUCUAUCACCCGAAUGUCGAACGCGGUGGUGAUCUGUGUAUUCCAAUACUGAGUUUGGACAUGAACGCCAGCACAACGACCCGAGCAGACACGUUUGAGUCUGCAGGUGUGUCAGAUAUAUGA